AUGAAAGAUGAAAUUGCCACAAAGAAAAAGCAGACGGGAAUCCGUGGGUUUUUUAAGAGGAAGUGGAAGAAAACAAAGCAAACCUUAAAACGCUGUUUUAAGAAUAAAGUGGAGCCAAUGCAGCCAAACACGAGUACCUCUAAUGAAGCUCUUUUUGAGCCUACAGAGGGAAAAGUAGAGUCUUACUAUAAGUUUGGCAAAUUGCUGGGAGAAGGAGGAUUUGGAUUGGUCUGUACUGGUAUCCGCAUUUCUGAUGGCCAAGAGGUUGCCAUAAAAAUCAUGUCCAGGCGGUUGAAUAGGCAGACCAUUGUUAUUCCGGGACAUUCCAAACCUUUGCCUGUAGAAGUGGCACUACUGAUUAAGAUGAAUGAACCUCCCAUAAGUCCAUAUGCCAUAAAAAUGUUGGAGUGGUUCAUAGACUCAAACGAAAUCAUCAUUAUUAUGGAGUACCCUCAACCCUGCCUAAGCUUGAACCACAUCAUCAAAUGCAAUCGUACACUGAGUGAAGAAACCGCUCGUGUAAUAAUGCGUCAAACAGUACAGGCAGUAAUAAACUGCUAUGACCACGAAGUCUUUCACAGCGACAUCCAUCCAGGCAACUUCCUAGUCAACACAAAGACGUUAGACACCAAGCUGAUUGACUUCGGUUGUGGUCAGCUAUAUACUUAUGGCGCCUACAAAAGUCACAAGUACAUUGGUGAGCUGGCAUUUUGUUUUCCAAUAGCACAAUGUGGAAAAAUCACUUUUACAGAUUUGCUCGACUCUGAAAAAUGCUUUGCUUACAGGGGUAAAAGAUUUCUUUCCACCGGAAGUCAGAAGGAACUCCAAGUUUCACGCCAUCCCAGCAAACGUCUGGUGUCUAGGAAUGGUCCUGUACGAAAUGAAUGUCGUAGUCUUAUAAGACAGUGUCUAGCACGUGAUCCAGCCGAACGACCCUCAUUACAGCAGAUCUUACAGCACAGAUGGUUUAAUCCAGAAUGA